AGCCCUCACUGCCCACAGCGCCCACACAGCCUGCCUCCUACUGCGCAGCUGCCAGCAAUGCCCUCCAGCGGCCCCGCGGACUCCAGCAGCUCCUCUCUGGAGCGGGAGGAUGAUCGAAAGGAAGGAGAAGAACAGGAGGAGAACCGUGGCAAGGAGGAGCGCCAGGAGCCCAGCGCCACGGCCCGGAAGGUGGGGAGGCCUGGCCGGAAGCGCAAGCACCCACCGGUGGAAAGCAGCGACACCCCCAAGGACCCUGCAGUGACCACCAAGUCUCAGCCUAUGGCCCAGAACUCGGGUCCCUCAGAUCUGCUACCCAAUGGAGACUUGGAGAAGCAGCGGGGUGAACCCCAACCUGAGGAGGGGAGCCCAGCUGCAGGGCAGAAGGGUGGGGCCCCAGCCGAAGGAGAAGGAACCGAGACUCCACCAGAAUCCUCCAGAGCUGUGGAGAAUGGCUGCUGCGCAACCAAGGAGGGCCGAGGAACCUCUACAGAAGAGGGCAAAGGACAGAAGCAGACCAACAUCGAAUCCAUGAAAAUGGAGGGCUCCCGGGGCCGGCUGCGGGGUGGCUUGGGCUGGGAGUCCAGCCUCCGUCAGCGGCCCAUGCCAAGACUCACCUUCCAGGCAGGGGACCCUUACUACAUCAGCAAACGGAAACGGGACGAGUGGCUGGCGCGUUGGAAAAGGGAGGCUGAGAAGAAAGCCAAGGUAAUUGCAGUAAUGAAUGCUGUGGAAGAAAACCAGGCCUCUGGAGAGGCUCAGAAGGAGGAGGCCAGCCCCCCUGCUGUGCAGCAGCCCACCGACCCUGCGUCCCCUACUGUGGCCACCACCCCUGAGCCAGUGGGGGCUGAUGCUGGGGACAAGAAUGCCACUAAAGCCGCUGAUGAUGAGCCUGAGUAUGAGGAUGGCCGGGGCUUUGGCAUUGGAGAGCUGGUGUGGGGGAAACUUCGGGGCUUCUCCUGGUGGCCAGGCCGAAUCGUGUCUUGGUGGAUGACAGGCCGGAGCCGAGCCGCGGAAGGCACUCGCUGGGUCAUGUGGUUCGGAGAUGGCAAGUUCUCAGUGGUGUGCGUGGAGAAGCUCAUGCCACUGAGCUCCUUCUGCAGUGCGUUCCACCAGGCUACUUACAAUAAGCAGCCCAUGUACCGCAAAGCCAUCUACGAAGUCCUCCAGGUGGCCAGCAGCCGUGCAGGAAAGCUGUUUCCAGCUUGCCAUGACAGUGACGAAAGUGACACUGGCAAGGCUGUGGAGGUUCAGAACAAGCAGAUGAUUGAGUGGGCCCUCGGGGGGUUCCAGCCCUCUGGUCCUAAGGGCCUGGAGCCACCAGAAGAAGAGAAGAAUCCGUACAAGGAAGUUUACACAGACAUGUGGGUUGAGCCGGAGGCGGCUGCUUAUGCCCCACCCCCACCAGCCAAGAAACCCAGAAAGAGCACAACAGAGAAACCCAAGGUCAAGGAGAUCAUUGAUGAACGCACAAGAGAGCGGCUAGUGUAUGAGGUGCGGCAGAAGUGCCGGAACAUCGAGGACAUUUGUAUCUCAUGUGGAAGCCUCAAUGUCACCCUGGAGCACCCACUCUUCAUUGGUGGAAUGUGUCAGAACUGUAAGAACUGCUUCUUGGAGUGCGCGUACCAGUAUGAUGACGACGGGUACCAGUCCUACUGCACCAUCUGCUGCGGGGGCCGCGAAGUGCUUAUGUGUGGGAACAACAAUUGCUGCAGGUGCUUCUGUGUCGAGUGUGUGGAUCUUUUGGUGGGGCCAGGAGCUGCCCAAGCAGCCAUUAAAGAGGACCCCUGGAACUGCUACAUGUGUGGGCACAAGGGCACCUAUGGGCUGCUGCGGAGACGGGAAGACUGGCCUUCCCGACUCCAGAUGUUCUUCGCCAACAACCACGACCAAGAGUUUGACCCGCCAAAGGUUUACCCCCCUGUCCCGGCUGAGAAGAGGAAGCCCAUCCGGGUACUGUCUCUCUUUGAUGGAAUUGCUACAGGGCUCCUGGUGCUGAAGGACCUGGGCAUCCAAGUGGACCGCUAUAUUGCCUCCGAGGUGUGUGAGGACUCCAUCACGGUGGGCAUGGUGCGGCACCAAGGAAAGAUCAUGUACGUCGGGGACGUCCGCAGCGUCACACAGAAGCAUAUCCAGGAGUGGGGCCCAUUCGACCUGGUGAUUGGGGGCAGUCCCUGCAAUGACCUCUCCAUCGUCAACCCUGCCCGCAAGGGACUUUACGAGGGUACUGGCCGCCUCUUCUUUGAGUUCUACCGCCUCCUGCAUGAUGCGCGGCCCAAGGAGGGAGAUGAUCGCCCCUUCUUCUGGCUCUUUGAGAAUGUGGUGGCCAUGGGCGUUAGUGACAAGAGGGACAUCUCGCGAUUUCUCGAGUCUAACCCCGUGAUGAUUGACGCCAAAGAAGUGUCUGCUGCACACAGGGCCCGUUACUUCUGGGGUAACCUUCCUGGCAUGAACAGGCCAUUGGCAUCCACUGUGAAUGAUAAGCUGGAGCUGCAGGAGUGUCUGGAACAUGGCAGAAUAGCCAAGUUCAGCAAAGUGAGGACCAUUACCACCAGGUCAAACUCCAUAAAGCAGGGCAAAGACCAGCAUUUCCCCGUCUUCAUGAAUGAGAAGGAGGACAUCCUCUGGUGCACUGAAAUGGAAAGGGUGUUUGGCUUCCCUGUCCACUACACAGACGUCUCCAACAUGAGCCGGUUGGCAAGGCAGAGACUGCUGGGCCGAUCCUGGAGCGUGCCGGUCAUCCGCCACCUCUUCGCUCCGCUGAAGGAAUAUUUUGCUUGUGUGUAAGGGACAUGGGGGCAAACUGAAGUAGUGAUGAAAACAAAGUUAAACAAACAAACAAAAAACAAAACACAAUAAAACACCAAGAACGAGAGGACGGAGAGAAGUAUCAGCACCCAGAAGAGAAAAAGGAAUUUAAGGCAGACUGCAGAGGAGGGAAUGCCACAGGGCUCGGCCUCGCAGAAGGGUUGGACACCAUCUCCUGAGUUUUCAAUGUCAAUCUUCAGUCCUAUUUAAACAGCAAAAUAGGCCCCUCCCCUCCUUCCCCUCCUGCCCUAGGAGGUGAACCUUUUGUUUUCUACUCUUUUCAGAGGGGUUUUCUGUUUGUUUGGGUUUUUGUUUCUUGCUGUGACUGAAACAAGAGAGUUAUUGCAGCAAAAUCGGUAACAACAAACAGUAGAAAUGCCUUGGAGAGGAAAGGGAGAGAGGGAAAAUUCUAUAAAAAUUUAUAUAUUGUUUUUUUUUUUUUUUUCCUUCUUCCUUUUCUAUCUAUCUCUUUGGUUGUCUCUAGCCUGAUCAGAUAGGAGCACAAACAGGAACAGAAUAGAGACGCUAGCUCGGAGGCAGAGUCCCCUCUCCCAGCCCCUGAGCAGUCUCAACAGCACCACUCCUGGUCAUGCAGAACAGAACCCACCUAGCAGCAGGGCGCUGAGGACACCACACCAGACACUUUUCUACAGUAUUUCAGGUGCCUACCACACAGGAAACCUUGAAGAAAACCAGUUUCUAGAAGCCGUUGUUACCUCUUGUUUACAGCUUAUAUAUAUAUAUGAUAGAUACGAGAUCUAUAUAUAAAGGUACUGUUAACUACUGUACAACCCGACUUCAUAAUGGUGCUUUCCAAACAGCAAGAUGAGUAAAAACAUGAGCCUUCCACCUGGCCUUCUGUGCAGAGGGUGUCAGCCCGGGAUGGGGAGAGGGAGGCAGCCUGAGGGCUCCAGGCAAUCCAGGGAGGAGAGGGUGUCAUUUUCCCUCUUGGUUUUUAACAAACCAAAGGGGGAACCGUGUUCCCCACCC